GGAGGUUUAGCAGUAACUGCGCAGCUGGUUAUCUCUGCAGAAUAAUCGGACCAGAAAUUAUUUCAUCAAUAUGGCAGUUUUCAGUCUGAUUUUCGGCUGGGCUUGUCAUGCGCUUUGGUAUCUGUUCUUCAUUGUUCUUAUAGCGUUUCUCGGCUACAGUUUGUAUAUAAAACACAUUCACAUGAAAUAUGACCACAUACCCGGGCCACCGAGAGACAGCUUUUUCUUCGGACAUAUGCCGACGCUUCUGAGGGAAAUGAAGGCUGAGAGAGUUAUACACGAAAACAUGCUUGAAUGGGCUGAGACUUAUGGUCCUGUUUACAGGAUCAGUGUUCUGCAUCAUGUCAUACUAGUUGUGUCCUGUCCAGAGGCCACUAAGGAAAUCCUGAUGUCCCCAAAGUAUCCAAAAGAUAAGUUUGCCUACAAGAGACUCUUCCACCUGUUUGGUCAGAGGUUCCUGGGCAAUGGCAUGGUGACAGCAGUGAAUCAUGAGCAGUGGUACAAACAGCGCCGGAUCAUGGACCCUGCCUUCAGCAGCCUGUACCUGAGAGGUCUGAUGGGCACCUUCAAUGAGAGGGCAGAGAGAUUGAUGGAUAAACUUGCAGAUUUUGCCGAUUGCAAAAAAGAGACCAGUAUGCUCCAUCUAGUCAACUGUGUUACCCUAGAUGUUAUUGCCAAGGUUGCCUUUGGAGUGGAUUUAGACCUGCUUAAGCAUACUGACUCACCCUUUCCUAAAGCCAUCGAGGUGUGUCUGGAAGGGAUGGUGUAUCAUCUCCGAGAUGGAUUCUUCCAGUUUAACCCAAAGAACUGGCCCUUCAUCAAUGAAGUGAGGCAGGCAUGCAAGCUGCUGCGUGACACGGGGUACAGGUGGAUCCAAGCCAGGAAAACUGCCAUCCAAAAUGGCGAGGAAGUUCCGAAGGACAUCCUCACACAGAUCAUCAAAAGUGCUGACAAAGAGGAAACCAUGGAUAAAGAUGAUGAGGAGUUCAUGUUGGACAACUUUGUGACAUUCUUCAUUGCGGGGCAAGAAACAACAGCCAAUCAACUUGCUUUUUGCAUCAUGGAACUGGGAAGACAUCCUGAUAUACUGGAAAAAGCGAGGAAAGAGGUGGAUGAUGUGAUUGGAAUGAAACGGGAGAUAAGUUAUGAUGAUCUGGGGAAACUGGUCUAUCUCUCACAGGUGCUAAAGGAGACUCUGAGGCUCUACCCCACCGCUCCGGGCACGUCUCGUGAGGUGCAUGAAGAUAUGGUCAUCAGUGGCAUCCACAUACCUGGAGGAGUCACCUGUGCUUUUAGUCCCUAUGUGACAUCGAGAAUGGACAAAUUCUUCAAGGACCCACUGACGUUUGAUCCAGACAGAUUUCACCCAGAUGCACCCAAGCCUUACUACUGUUAUUAUCCGUUUUCUUUGGGACCACGCGUAUGUCUGGGACAGAACUUUGCUCAGAUGGAGGCUAAGGUGGUGAUGGCCAAACUGCUGCAGAGGUUUGAAUUCACUCUGGUCCCAGGGCAGAGCUUUGACAUCCGGGACGUUGGAACCCUCAGGCCAAAGGAUGGAGUAAUGUCCCACAUCAAACACAGAAAUCACAGCAAAGUAAAUGAAUGACCAUACCGUAUGAUAAGAUGACAAGAUCAGAUGAGAUAAAAUGUUGAAACUGGCUUUUUGCACUAACAGACUAUAACUGGAUACAGCAGAGCAAAAUAACAAUGUAAAGAUCAACAAAGUAUAGAUUGCACAAAUGUAUGCAAAUCAGAAUUACAGCACUGGAACCCAUAAAAUUCAGGGUUUUAAAAACUAGUUUAUAGCAGAGAGACAGAUGCUAAGGAAUUUUAUGUUGUCUUUCUUUCAUAUUCCAAUGAAGUCUUCAACACAGUAGGCCAUAUAAUUUUACAGCGUUGCUUGAGAAACCAGGUUUUUCCUCACAGGUUGAGGGAACCUUUUCUAUUAAGACUGGCGACUCGUCCUCAGCAGACAUUACAUAUUUGUUCCCACUGGGGUGCAGUCUUGGCCCCAUGUUAUUCUCCAUUUACAUGAUGCCACACAUAUUAUCUGCAAACAUGAAUUUUAAUUGUAAUGCUGACGACACACACUUAGUAAAAUCAGACAACACUAGCAGUGAAGCCCCUCUUUCUUUCUGUCUCCCCUCCCACAAUUCACUUACAUUGAUUCACCGUGAAUCAGGCGCUGUCUCUGUAGUUAUGAAAACAGUGACAAGACUUUUAGGUGUAAUUUGUGAUGCUAAUUUGAGUUUCAGUGAGCAGAUUAAAGUGGUUCAGCCCUGUUUCUUUCAUUUUUAUUGAUCUAGAGAGUCACUCAUACUUUCUGUCUCCCCCAGUUAGACCACUUCAACUCUGUGUAUCUCAGCUAAAAUCCACUCUUUUUGAUUUAUUGCUUUUCCUGAUGAUUUUCCAGUCAUUUGUUAAGUGCUUUGUAGCUGUGUUUUGAAACGUGCUGUUUGUCUUGUAAUUUUUAUUGAUUGUAUUUUUAAUCAUAUCUAUUGUAAUGAAAUGCACUACUUAUUAACAACAUAAUUAUCCUACAUGUUUUACCUUUUCCUCCUGUUAUUACCAUUAUAAUCAGUCAUAAGGACAUAGCAGUGAUUUAAUGGACACUCUUAUUCAAAUUAACUUUUUCACUUAAAUCAUCAAAAUACACUACAGCUGAGGCUUACUCACAUCGUUUUUUUCCGAUUUCUUCAUGUCUUUAUUUGGGGUUGUUAAAGCGGUGUGACCGCAAGGUGGCAGUGUAACUUACUAAAGAAAUCCCAAACACACCUGUUCAACUUGUAAAAUGUGCGCUGUUUUUGUUCC